UAUGGCUCUGGAUCGCUGAAAUGCAUUACGGGGGAUGGGCGCUCACCACGCUGUUAGUGUAGCACUGUGCCCAGGGGAAGAUGGCAGCAAUCGGUAGGUGGAAGACGGACAUGAUAAUGGCAUGACUGAGAGGCAUUCCACAGCAAUGGACAAUAAGGGCCUGUUCACGGCCCUGCACAACGUGUGCGACGAUGCCAUCGCCGCCCUCUCCGGAGAGCCCAGCACGCUGUACGGGGAGUCGGCCAGGCGCCUCAUCGAGACCAUGACCCGCGUGCAGGAGCACGCCCGCGGCCUCGAGCCCAUCGUCGCCGGCUUCGCCGCCUCCUACCACCACUUCGACUUCGACCCCCAGGUGCCCGCCAACGGGUACCGCUCGCUCGUGAAGGUGGUGCGCUCCUGCAUUGUCUACAUCAUCCAGAAGGGCCACUACAUCUUAAACAACUGCCACAACAUCUUCUUCCGGGCGGCGCACAACGCCACGGAGAUGGAGGCGUACUGCAGCGCCCUGUGCCAACUGCGGGCCCUGCUCUACCUGGCCAAGCGGCUGCUGCACGACAACGACCAGGGCAACCUCUACUUCCAGAAGGAGGGCGGCCUGAGCCAGAGGUUCAUGCAGGAGUACGCCUCCCUGCACAAGGCCUGCUUCUACGGCCGCUGCCUGGGCUUCCAGUUCUCCCCUGCUAUUCGCCCUUUCCUCCAGACCGUCGUCAUUAGUCUGGUGUCCUUUGGAGAGAAUUACAAAAAGCACCAAUCCUUGAUAGGCAUGGCAGCAAGCUCCUUCUUCACCUCCGGGAAGUACGUGGUCGACCCGGAGCUCAGGGGGGCGGAGUUUGAGAGGAUCAUUCAGAAUCUGGACAUGCCGUUCUGGAAGUCCUUCUGGAACCUGACGGAAACAGAGCUGCUGUCGGGCUUGGCCAGCAUCACGUCCAACCCGGUGCGGGUGAAUCGUACCCUGUCGGUGCCCCCCAUGUCCUUCAAACUCCCGCUGACCUCUGACCCCAACCUGUCAGUCACCAUAUCCCCCCCUGUGGCCCACCGCGGCCCAGGCCCUGUGCACAUGCGCCUCAUCUCCCACGAGCUACGUGAGGGACAGGAGAGUGAGGAGUUGCUGGCUUUCUCCCGCACUGAAGGCACUCCCAUGUCCCUGAACCGUGGCCUCUUUUCGAAGCCGAGCCCCCCGUCCCCCUGGCUGCUGGUGCACUUCCACGGCGGGGGCUUCGUGGCCCAAACCUCCAAAUCACACGAGAACUACCUGAAGAGGUGGUCCCAGGACCUGAACGUGCCCAUCCUCUCUGUGGAUUACUCUCUGGCCCCCGAGGCACCCUUCCCCCGGGCCCUGGAGGAAUGCUUCUACGCCUACUGCUGGGCUCUCAAGCACUGCCACUUACUGGGCUCCACAGGCGAGCGCGUGUGCCUGGCUGGGGACAGCGCCGGGGGCAACCUCUGCAUAACCGUGUCCAUGCGGGCGCUGUCGUACUGCGUGCGCCCCCCCGACGGCAUCAUGGUGGCCUACCCCGCCACCCUGCUGACCACCUUCGCCUCGCCCUCACGCCUGCUCACCCUCAUCGACCCCAUGCUGCCUCUCAGCGUGCUCUCCAAGUGCAUCAGCGCCUACGCCGGUACGGAGCCGUGGGUGGGGGCGUCCCAGGAGGAAGGGGGUGCAGAGAACACAGACUCCACGCAGGGGGUGUCCAGCUGGUUCCAAUCUCUGCUCGACCCAAACAAGUCCCCCACUGUGCAGAGGAGCGUUUCAGACACAGCCCUCAGCUCGUCUUCCUCUGAUGCAACUGCAUCGGGCAGGGACCCCCCCCGGAGCCAGACCUGCCAGGACCUGUCCUCCGAUGGGAACAAGGGGGCGGACACCGGCCUCUCCUCCAAUAAAAACAAACACUCUGCCGCCGGCUCCUCCCCUCCCAGCGUGACUCCACCCCCGGCCUCAGGGGGGAACUUUCAGCAGCCGGGUCUGGAGGAGUACCCGGACGGGUUCCAGCCCCUGCGGUCGGAGCAGCUGGCCCACCUCACCAUGCACAGCUCCCCCAUCAGCAAAAACCCCUACGUCUCCCCCCUGCUGGCCCCGGACAGCAUGCUGAAGGGCCUCCCUCCCGUUCACAUUGUGGCCUCUGCCCUGGACGCCAUGCUGGAUGACUCCGUGAUGUUCGCCAAGAGGCUGAGAAGCCUCAACCAGCCAGUCACCUUGUCUGUGGUGGAGGACCUCCCCCACGGGUUCCUCAGCCUAUUGCAGCUCUCCAAGGAAACCCAGGAGGCCUCCAACAUCUGCAUGGAGCGAAUCAGAGAGGUCUUUGCCCAGCGGGGCCCGCAAUCAGCCAGUCACGGGCCGGAGCCAGGGAAGACCAAUCAGAAUGUUGCUUCACCUGUGGAAGGGGCCAGUCAGGAAAAGGAAUUGCCCGUUGGGGGAUGGACUAGAAAAAUCGAAGAUGAGGAAUUGGAAGCUUGAGGACUGAUAAUGGUUGCAUCAUUGUGCACUGGCCACUCUGUCCCACUCGAAAAAUGAACAUGGGUAAAACACCCAAAACAAGAAAAAGGACAUGGCAGGAGUGAAAAACAAUGCACUGUGACAGGAGACAAUGCGAGAGAUUCAAAGGCAGGAACGAGAGGAGAAAGUGCAAGAGCUUUGAAGCUAGAGAGAGGAGGACAAGAAAGAAACAGGAUAUAUUCCUUACUCUCUGACAGCCUCUCAGCUGUGAAGAGGGCAAGCAAGCUUGCCAUCCUACACUGUAACACACAACCGUCAGUAACAUUAAAGUGCCAGUGCUGUCAAAUAUAUAUAAUUUUCCAGCUAAUUUUGCUGCAAAUAAAAAUGUUUCUUACUGAAUUAUGUAAAUGCUAUGCUUAAAAAUAUGUAAAACUUGAAGGCUGGAGAAAUAUGCUCAAGUAUGUUUGAAUGUCUGAAUAAACCACACCACACACCCACACAUAGGACAGCCCCAUGCCAGUGAUGUGCGUAAAGGUGCACUUGUUGCCAGUUACAUUAGCUUACAUCAUAGGCACAACAUGGCCUAUCCUCUGUCGUCUUCUGUUGUCUCCAGAAUGCUAUGCUGUUGGCUGCAUAUUUAAGCCUGGCAGACACAGUGGCUGGAAUAACCACCAAGUCAAAGCUGCUCCUGAGAGAGGGAGUGGAGAUCAUAUGAAUUC